GCGGCUCUCUCUCCUCGGCUUCGAUCGCGGCGCCCGUGCCCGCCGCCGAGCUCCCUCGACACCACGGCCCAAACCCUAACCCCAAUCCCCAUCCCGACCCAAUCCACCAGGCUCCGGUGGCCCCGUACCGCCGCGCCGCCGUCGGAUCGCCGGCCUACCCGCUCCUGCUUGCUCAUCUCGUCGCCGCCGGAAGGGGCGGGGAUACUUCGAUUGUUCUCUCACGCGAUUCCUCCAGCGUUCCGCGGUUUAUCCUUCCCGCUCUGGCUCUGGGCGUCGUGCGUCUAUUCUGUUGGGUCUUUGGGGUCUGUUGAUUUCUACUGCUUCUUCAUAAGAAAUGAGGGCCAACUUCAGCUCAAACUUUAUGGGAAUCUCAACCUUGAUUGGGCUUCUAGGGAAUGGCCCAAAUAAUAGUCUCUGAUCCUCAUGGUGAAUCCCAACCUCAGCUCUGCCAUGAAAAACAUCCAAUGAAAACCCCCUAACCUACAAUUCGUUCUCUGCUUCUUAUGUCUUUAGUUUCACCAGCCCCUCAAUGGUUUCCACAUCUCUUCCUCCUCUCCCCUCUUCUCUAUCAUGGAUGUUCUACAUCCACCUUUUGUUUGUGCAGCAGUCCACCCACCUCCUGUACCUCUUCCCCUGCACCUUCUGCCUCCAAUCCAGGGCUUCAGACACGGAAAUGGGGGAGGCUGAGAUUGGUAGCAUGACCGGAGGUAAUGAUACUGAACCAGUCAAAACAGAAACAACACCACCAACUUCAAGACGCGGGAGAAAGAAAUCGUCAGUUUGGGAGCACUUCACUAUUGAAGAAGUAUCUGGAGGAUGUACACGAGCUUGCUGCAAGCUUUGCAAACAAACCUUUGCAUACAGUAGUGGGUCGAAGAUAGCCGGCACCAGCCACCUCAAGAGACAUAUUGCCUUAGGUUCCUGCCCCAAAAUAAAAUUUCAGAACAAACUGGCACUUGCAAAAGUUGAUGGAGAUACCCUUGAUCCACCCAAAAGACGCUAUAGGUCAUCUGGCUUUUCAAGUGUAUUCGACCAGGAUCAAAGUUAUGUAAAUCUUGCAAAGAUGAUCAUUGUGCAUGAGUACCCUCACGACAUGGUUGAACACCCUGCUUUCGUUGCUUUUGUUCAUAGUCUCCAACCGCUAUUUAGGAUGGUCGAUGUCAAUACCAUUGAAGGAGAGGUCUUAUCACUCUAUCAGAAGGAAAAACAAAACCUCAUACAGGUCUUUGGAACUAUGCCUGGAAGGAUUAGCCUGACAAUAGGUCUGUGGACAACCAGUCAGACUCUUGGCUACAUUUGCCUUUGUGGGCAAUUCAUUGAUAGCGAGUGGAAGUUGCAUCGGAGAAUGCUUAACUUCAUGAUGGUAUCUUCUCCCCAUUCAGAAAAUGCUCUUAGCGAAGCCAUCAGUGUUAGCCUUUCAGAUUGGAAUAUGAAGAGUAGGUUGUUCACCAUAACUUUAGACAACACUUGCUCAUCACAUGACAUCUAUAGUGCAAAUCUAAGGGAUCACCUCUCCAAUAAAAACAUGCUUAUGCUGAAAGGACAAUUGUUUGUUGUACGUUGCUACGCCAAUAUCCUGAAUGUUAUUGCGGAAGAUGUGAUUGCUUCAAUUCAUGGUAUCAUAUAUAACAUUCGUGAAAGUAUAAAAUUUGUGAAAGCAUCUCCGGCCCGUGAGGAAAAAUUUGCUGAGAUUGCCUUACAACUUGAAAUUCUCAGCACGAAGGCCCUAUCUCUUGAUGUCACAACACAAUGGAACACAACUUACCUCAUGUUAGUAGCUGCCUUGGAAUAUAAACAAGCAUUUAAUUUCUUGGAAACCUGUGACGAUAAUUACAAUGAAGCUCCAACAGCUGAUGACUGGAAGAAGGUGGACGUUGUUUGUACAUACCUAAAACUUCUAUACGACUCUGCAAAUGUUGUCAUGGCAGCAGCAGAUCUAACUGCAAAUAUAUUUUUUCAUGAAGCUUGGAAAACUCAGGCGGAGCUGACUAAUGCAACAUUGAGUGAGGACACUAUGGUUAGCAGCAUAGCUAAAGAGAUGCACGAGAAAUUUGACAAAUAUUGGAAAGAUUGCAGCCUUGUCUUGGCUCUUGCUGUGGUUAUGGAUCCUCGUUUUAAGAUGAAGCUAGUUGAGUUCAGCUUUUCAAAGAUUUAUGGUGCAGAUUCUGCCAGAUAUGUUAAGUUGGUUGAUGACAGUGUUCAUGAGCUCUAUCUCGAAUAUGUUGAACAGCCACUUCCUCAAACUCUGGCUUAUGUGGACCAAGGAGAGGCCAACCAUGCCAAUGGCGAUGACAAAAAUGUGCCCACAACAUCAAUGCCUGCGGCGGAUGGGCUUCAAGACUUUGAUAUGUAUCUGUCUGAGUUAGCCGUGAAUCAGUCAUCUAAGUCAGAGAUAGAUCAGUAUUUGGAAGAGUCACUUAUGCCACGGAUUCAAGAGUUUGAUAUCUUGAACUGGUGGAAGCUCAACUACCUAAAGUAUCCUACACUCUCAAAGAUGGCUCGGGAUAUUUUAGCUAUUCCAGUAUCAAUGGUCGAUACAGGCUGUUCUAUAUUUAGUUCAGGAACCGGGAGCAGAGUGCUUGAUGAAUAUCGAAGUUCUUUACGCCCAGAGACAGUGGAAGCACUUUUUUGUGCAAAGGACUGGCUCCAGUACUUGCCCACCAUGGCAGAGCCACCAUUGGCGGCAGUAGUCAACAUGGAAACCUAGGGUAACACUUAAAUGCAUCUUUGUUGUGGCAUUAUGUAUGGUCGCAGAUGUAAUGUAAUGGUAGCUUUCUAUUACUAGGUCAAGAUAGGUUAUUAUUUCUUGAAACCUUUAUUUAUUAUAUGAACUUAAUUAUCUGUAAUAAUAUAUAUAUAUAUAUAUAUUGUUUUUUCACUA